ACCAAGUAGCCAUAGUGUGCCUUAACUCUGGGAAACCCGGUCCUCCUCGCACAUGGUUAAGACUACUAGUGACUGCUGCCGUUGCAUCGAGGACUGACUCCUGAACCAAAAGACUGCGUUCCCAACACUUACCACAGUACCUUAGUCUACCUACCCAGGUAUCGGCGACAGAAGGAAGAUCUUUGUCUUUGUCCUAGAGUACACAUUCCAUACCGAAUACACGACCUCUCCCUCCCUCCCCACUCUUCGAUUCCUUAUCCUUCUCGUCGGCUUCCUUUCCCACCUUGACCCAUCACGAGUAUCAACAUGACUACUGUCCGAAGUAUGUCUCAAACAGCAAGCGAUCUCAAAGACACAGCCAUGGGCGUCGGCGGCAGCAGCAGUGGCGCAGCCCAGUCCGGUGUCGAACCGGUCUCCGGUCUGCAGGGCAAAGGCACAGCGACGGACCCAUACGAUCAAGGAAACGCAGACGACCCUGUCCUCUCGGGCGAGGAACCCCCUUCAGGCGUGCAAGGCGAAGGCACAGCCACCGACCCAUACGAUGGAGGAAAUGCGCCGGAGAACCCCAUAGACCCCACCUCCAAGACCACGUCGAGCGCUGCCACGUCCACGACAGUCACCUCGGGCAAGAGCGCGGAUGAGCGAGGACGAAAUGGACUGACUGCGCCGGCCAAGAAUAAAGUGGAAGAACGAGAAAUGAGUCCUGGCUGUCUGGACGACGGCACACACGUUCAGACUAGUGGUGAUCGUGGAGAGACCUACGAGCCUAGCAAGAUGAGCAAGCUCAAGGGCAAGCUGACACAUUUCGGGAAACAUUAGAGACGAAAUACUAUUCUGCACGGAGUCAGUGUGAGGGAGAGGAUUUCAAGAGACGAGCAAACGAGUUUAGAUGCCAAUGAGUCCAUGUAUGAAAUAGAACAACGUUUUCAAAGGAGUCGGAGAAGGCGAGCGGUUGCAUGAACACUUUGCAAAUGAUCACUCUGUCAUAUUCAAGCUCUGCUACCUUUUCUUCUGAAGCAUUUUCAGUCAAGAGCCUGACGCCUUGAUGAAGAGUCUGACCCUUCCCGCAAAUCUGCGCUCCCAGCAAACUCUUCGACAAAGCUCGCCUUGCCGAGCAAGGCAUCAACAGAAACCACCCUGCCGCUGAGAUCUCCCGAACAUGGGGAACUUGAACAGAGUGCGAUGGCCUCUACGGUGAAGGAUCGGGCUCGAUGACACG